CACCCCGUUGAAGGCCAGCAAACGCACGCCGUGCCCCACGCUUCAUCACACUUCACACCUCACGCGCGUACGCUUGUCUAGUUCGUCCCCCUCGCCGGCGACCCACCCAUCCAUUGAUGGCAGCGACGGCGGUCGUGGGCGCCGCUUCUCGCUCCCGUCUCCUCCUCCACCACCACCGACUCCCUCAGGUUCCAGCCGGUGGGGGAGGUUCGCUGAGGGUGGGCGCGCUCGGGGCCGGACGGGAUUGGAGACGACGGGUCCGGGUCGGGGUUAGGGUUUUCGCGCGCUACUCCUCCCAGCCACAAGACUUCUCUAGUCGACUCCAAGAUAGAGCUGGUGAAUUGCCGAAAUUAGUAGAGGAUCUUCUCCAGACGUCGAUUAGCACAGGGCCUCGAGGUGCCUUUAGGAUGGCGCAAGGGAUCCAAGCUCUCCUUGGGGUUGGUGGGGAGUGGCUAAAUGACUUCUCGAAGGUAGCUAUCAUCAAGGACAUAAAUGAAUCAAUGCUUGAGGAAGUUGAUUUUAGAAAGGAAGCUGUAAAUAUGGAGGCUUUCCAGAGAUACAUCGAAGCAAUGGGAUUUGAUAGGCAGGCCAAAUCUCCAUUUGUGUAUCAGCACUGUAGCACAAAGCGUGUCUUAACUAUGGAAAGAUUGUAUGGUGUUCCACUCACCGAUCUUGAUUCUAUAAGGUCUCUUGUUCCUGAUCCUGAGUUGACUUUAGUCACUGCCCUCAAUGUCUGGUUUGGAAGCUUGAUCUCAUGUGAAUCCUUCCAUGCGGAUGUGCAUGCAGGAAACCUAUGGUUGCUUCGUGAUGGACGUGUUGGAUUUAUCGAUUUUGGAAUUGUUGGUCGAAUAUCCCCAAGGACUUGGGCUGCUAUGGAGAUCUUUUUGGCUUCUUUCGCAACUGAGGAUUACAAUGCUAUGGCAUCGGCCCUUUCCGAAAUGGGUGCUACAGGGAAUGAUAUAGAUGUUGACUCCUUUGCAAAGGACUUGCAAAAUAUAUUCUCAUCGCUACAGGAGUUGGAUACUGAAAUUAUAGUGGCAGCUGCAAGAAGUUCUGAUGCUGCAGCUGUAUCUGCUAAUGUUGUUGUAGACGAGAGGCAGAUGAAUGCACUCUUUCUUGAUCUGGUAAGGGUUAGCGAGUCAUAUGGGCUGAAAUUUCCUAGGGAAUUCGCUCUUCUCAUGAAGCAACUUCUUUAUUUUGAUCGGUACACUAGACUGCUGGCUCCCAGCAUGAACAUGCUGCGAGAUGAGAGGAUUAACAUUACUUCCAACAAGCACACCAGAAGAAUGAAUUGAUUCUAUCUUCCAUCAUUUGAGGAAUUGGUGCAAGACAUGGACAAGUGAUAUUGUGAGUUGUGACAAGCUUAUGCAACCAUUCUAGAACUGUGUAUAAUUUAAUACGACCAGCAUAGAAGUGAAUCACGUGAGGGGAAACAUAACACUGGCUCCUGUUGUGGAACUUAGGCAUCUUGGAGCGGAAAUUGCUUUUGGAUCUCGGGCUACAUGUAGACUGGAAUUUGAAAAUUAUAAAAUCAUAAUUUUCAAGUUUUAAAAAGUUCUGAAUAUAUAUACACCUACAAUGGGAUGUAUACUACUGCUCAGUUCACUUGUA